UCAUCCCCUUCCCUUUUUUUAUGUAUAAAUAAUCAUUGUUUUAUUUGUUACACGCUAUGGGGGGUAACCUUCACACCCAGAGGUGCUCCUGGUAAUACCCCUGGGUCCGGAUCUAUGAGAUUUGGCGUUUAGCUUAAAUUAGACUGUGCAAGGCCUGCAAACCAAAAAAAGCAAGGCGCUUUUGUUAGAUCGGAGGAAGAGGGAGCCAGAGACUAUUAUUAAGAAGACAGCACACAGGAGGGGGUUGAGAAUUGAAAAUAUCAGUGUAGCAGGGUUUUCUCUAAAGGCUCCAGCCCCUACACCGAGGAAGAGCCAAGCUUUGGGAUUGGGCAGCGAGCAGAUAGCGUAACACCCCCUCCUCCUCUGUGUUGAGCGUUAAAACGAAAGGGAAAAGGCCUGCGCUUUAUCUAAAUUACAGGAUAUUUUUUACAUUUUACUUCUUCUACAUUAAACGAGGAAACGCUGCUGGCUGGUGUAUGUGUUUAGAAUGGGACACGCUGAAGGUCCAGUCAAAGAAAAAGACAGUUAAGGAUGCAGGAGCCCAACAAUGGAUUUCUCCUUCUCUUUCAUGCAAGGGAUCAUGGGAAAUACAAUUCAGCAACCCCCUCAGCUCAUUGACUCAGCCAAUAUCAGACAGGAAGGCACCUGUGACACCGGCAGUGACCCGGGAGAGGAUGGUGGACCCUCCUACGAUGCUGCCCUGGAUGCAGAGUUUUCCUACCCGCCGUCGGCCUCGGAGGACAUGUCACAGGUCUCUAACGGUUACCCGCCGGGGCUGGGCAUAUACGAGCCCCAGGCCAAGUUCUCCAUGUACUCGCAGUUCCCCAAUGGCUCGGCUAACGGCUACGGGGCGAUACGGAGCUACGCGGAGCACGGCCUCCUUCCAGGAGAGGCGACUGUCCUGAGAGGCCCAGGUCUCCAAGAGAGACCUUUGUCUCCUGCGUCCCCUCCUCUGCCCACACAUCACCCAAACCUCCACCACCACCACCACCAACACCAUCACCCCCAUCACCACCACCACCACGCACACCACUUCCACUCAAAUCCUCCUCAUUUACAGACUCACUCGCACCAACAUAGUCCUCCACCUCCACCGCUGCCCCCCCAGCACCACCUCGCCCAGACGCCUCACAUCAUGACCCACACACUCCCCCCUCCUCCUCCACUGCACCUGCCAUCCUCCAGUCCUCCUCCGUCACUUGUGGACAGCACCCCCUCUCCUCAGCCCUCCCACGCCCCGUCCAUUACCCCAGGAGGGGUCUUGAAGAAAACCAGCUCCCCAGAGAUCAAACUGAAGAUCAUAAAGACAUAUCAGAACGGAAAGGAGCUGUUUGAAUCUGCACUGUGUGGAGACCUGCUGCAAGAACUGCAGAAGGAGUCUCAGAAGAAUGAGGCCGCUCAGACGCAGCGCAGACAUGAGAGGAAGAAGGAGAAGAGGAAAAAAAGUGCGAGGCUGCAGCUGCAGGUCCAGGAACAGAAGCUGGACCUGAGCCAAACACAGACAGGUACCACGGGGCAGACGGAGGACAUCCACAUCCAGCCCCAGCCAGCAGAAACACCCCCAGUCCAGACAGAGAAGCCUCAGAAGACUGUCAUCAAAACUGAACCAAAGACGCCCAAGGCUCCUAAGGUCCAUCAUCCAUCAGUGAUCCAGGAGACGGGCUUCUGUAAGGAAUUUGUGAUAGGAGAUCUGGUGUGGUCCAAGGUGGGCACGUACCCCUGGUGGCCCUGCAUGAUCUCCUCUGACCCACAGAUGAAGGUCCACACUCGCAUUAACACAAGAGGUCACAGGGAGUAUCACGUCCAGUUCUUUGGCAGUGUGGCCGAGCGGGCAUGGAUCCAUGAGAAGAGGAUUGUCAUGUACCAGGGGAAGAAACAGUUUGACGACCUGCAAGCUGAGACUCUGCGAAGGACCUCAAACCCUGUAGAGAAAAGCAAACUCCUGAAGCCGAUUCCUCAGCGGGAGCGAUCUCAGUGGGAGACGGGUGUGGGCCACGCCGAGGACGCCUUUGUAAUGACGAAGCAGGAGCGAAUCGACAACUACACCUUCAUCUACGUCGACCCUGAGCCUGCUGAGGCUCCACCCAGCAAGAAACCCAACAUCAGAGCUGAGAAACGAAGCCGGCGCUCCAGCGGCUCAGUCAGUAAAAGGGAAGACAGAGCAGUGAAGUCACCGGACAGAGAGCAGCCGCCACGUAGGCAGCUGCCACGCAGACAGUGUAGUAUUUCAAACACAGAUGACAACAUGCAAUCCCAGGCCUCUAAUGAAGACAAGAACCAGAGAGGAGACCAGCGUAAGACCUGUUCCCCAAAACAUAACUCUGGCAGUGAGGCUCGAACACGGCAGGACUCACCGCCUCCUGUCAGGGCCUGGAAAACAGCAGCAGCCAGAAAGCUGCUGCCUCUCUCCAUCACCAUGAAGAGGCUGAAUGUGGAGAUCACAAAAUGUGACUGGCCACUGCUACAGAAAAAAGCUGCCGCAUCCCCGAAAAAAGACCAAGAAGAAGAGAAAGAGGAGAGAGUGCAGCGAGAGGCCAGGCAGCCCGACCUAGGAUACUGCUCACCUGAGGACAGAGCCAAACCUGAGCCCAGUCCCGAGGAAGAUGAAGAUGGAGACGACGGGGAGGAAGAGGGUGAAUGCGAGGGCGAGGGUGAAGGGGAAGGGGAUGGUGACUGUGAUGCUGAUGGUGAUGGGGAUGGGGAUGGGGAUGGGGAUGGGGAUGGUGAUGGUGAUGGUGAUGGGGAGGGGGAGGAGGAGAGGAGAGGCUCCCCUGCCAGUCGUAGGAGUGAGGAGGGAGGAAUGCAGCAGACGUCUUCUCCUGGAUCACACCACAGUAGUCCACACAGUUCUCAGGAGAGGAAGCUGCAGCGGCGGUCAGUCAGGAGCAGGUCUGAGUCAGAGAGAGGCGGCGAUCCUGUCCCUAAGAAGAAAACCAAAAAGGAACAGGCUGAGAUGGCUCCUGAGACCACCCUGAGGACAGGUUCACAGAAAGGAGCCAGUGAGAUCUCAGAUGCCUGCAAGCCUCUGAAGAAGCGAAGCCGAGCGUCAACAGAUGUAGAGAUGGCCUCCUCUCAGUACAGAGACACCUCUGAUUCAGACUCCAGAGGCCUAAAUGACCCACAGGGUUUGUUCGGCAAGAGUGAUAGUCCAGCUGCAGCAGAUGCAGAUGCGUCAGACACUCAGUCUGUGGACUCUGGUUUGUCACGUCAGGAUGGCAGCACCGGCAAGAGAGACACUGUCUGCCAGAUCUGUGAGGCAUAUGGAGAGGGUUUAGUGGUGUGUGAAGGUGACUGCAGCAGACAGUUUCACCUGGAGUGUCUCGGCCUCUCGUCCCUACCUGAAGGCAGAUAUAUCUGCUUGGAAUGUAGAAAUGGCAGUCAUCCUUGUUUUAGUUGUAAAUCAGAAGGCGGGGAGGUGACGCGUUGCUCUGUGUCUGGGUGUGGCUGCUACUAUCAUGAGGACUGUGUCCGGAAACUCCCAGGAAGCACCAGCAGUGCGGGGGGAGUUUUCUGCUGCCCUCAGCACAGCUGCUCUACCUGCUGCCUGGAGAGAGACUUGCAACGAGCAAGCAAAGCAGGUCGUUUGAUGCGUUGUAUCCGCUGUCCAGUGGCCUAUCACACAGGGGACAGCUGCGUGGCUGCAGGCAGCGUCGCCCUCACCCACCACAUCAUGAUCUGCAGCAACCACGGCAGCGCCAAGAGAAACGGCCUCCUCAGUUCCCCUGUCAACGUGGGUUGGUGCUUCCUGUGUGCCCGAGGGCUGUUAGUGCAAGACCUUACUGACACCAUAUUAAGUUCAUAUGCCUAUAAGUCCCACUACCUUCUGACUGAGUCAAAUCGUGCUGAGUUGAAAUUACCUAUGAUUCCCUCUCCUUCGUCAGCUACCAAAAAGAAUGUUGGGAAAGGCGGCAAGUUGCUGUGCUGCGACUCCUGCCCGGCGUCCUUCCACCCGGAGUGUCUGGAGAUUGAGAUGCCGGAAGGGGCGUGGUCCUGCAGUGACUGCAGGGCCGGGAAGAAGCCUCACUACAAACAAAUUGUCUGGGUCAAACUGGGAAAUUACAGGUGGUGGCCGGCCGAGAUCUGCAACCCCCGUUUGGUGCCGUCAAACAUUCAGAGCCUUCGCCACGAUGUCGGUGACUUCCCCGUCUUCUUCUUCGGCUCCCACGACUACUACUGGAUCAACCAGGGCCGCGUCUUCCCCUACGUGGAGAACGAUAAGAACUUUGUCACGGGUCAAAUUAAUAUCAACAAAACCUUCAAGAAGGCUCUGGAAGAAGCAGCUCGGCGGUUUCAGGAGCUAAAGGCACAGAGGGAGAGCAGGGAAGCUUUAGAGCAGGAACGUAACUCACGCAAACCUCCACCGUAUAAAUUCAUCAAGUCCAACAAACCAGUGGGGAAAGUCCAGGUGCAUGUAGCUGACGUAUCAGAAAUCCCACGAUGCAACUGUAGACCCUCAGAUGAGCACCCCUGCGGUCUCCACUCCCAGUGUCUGAACCGCAUGCUGCAGUACGAGUGCCAUCCACAGGUGUGUCCUGCAGCAGAUGGAUGUGAGAAUCAGGGUUUCUCUAAGCGGCUGUAUGCAGAGACAGAGGUGAUAAAGACAGACGGCCGUGGCUGGGGCCUCAGGACCAGCCUGGCUCUCAGGAAGGGCGACUUUGUAAUGGAGUAUGUGGGAGAAGUGAUCGACUCUGAGGAGUGCCAGCAGCGAAUCAAACGUGCCCAUGAAAACCAUGUGUCCAACUUCUACAUGCUUACACUCACCAAGGAUCGUGUGAUUGACGCCGGCCCAAAAGGAAACUCGGCUCGCUUCAUGAACCACAGCUGCAGUCCAAACUGUGAAACUCAGAAGUGGACGGUAAAUGGAGACGUUCGCAUUGGACUCUUCACGCUCUGCGACAUCGAGGCUGACACAGAGCUGACGUUCAACUACAACCUGCACUGUGUGGGCAACAGGAGAACAUCAUGUCACUGUGGGUCGGACAACUGCUCGGGAUUCCUCGGGGUGCAGCCAACGAGUGCUGUGGUGAUGGAGAAGGAGGAGAAGGCCAGGAAUGCCAAACUGAAGCCGAAGAAGCGGAAGCUGCGACUGGAGGGCAAACACACACACGAAUACUUCUGCUUUUGGUGCGGAGAGGGAGGGGAGCUGGUGAUGUGCGAUCGUAAGGACUGUCCGAAAGCAUACCACCUGCUGUGUCUGAACCUCACCAAGCCACCAUACGGACGUUGGGAGUGUCCGUGGCACGACUGCAGUGUUUGCAGCUCCUCAGCCUCGUCCCUCUGUGACUUCUGUCCUCGUUCUUUCUGUCGGGAUCACGAGGCAGGGGCGCUCACCUCCUCCUCCCUCGAAGGUCGCCCCUGCUGCUCCAGUCACAAUCCUGCCGAUCCCCUGGGCUCUGAUUCCAGCUCCACCCAGCGACGCCGCUCAGCUCUGAGCCCUGUCAGGGUCAAAGAGGAGCCUGAGCAAGCUCAUCCAGACACAGAGUGACGCUGCAUCUCCCUCAAUACCUCACUCCCUGUAAAGUGUGCUCCUAUUGGUCUCCUCGGCCCAAAUCCACCUCUGAUCUGAAGCAGUGCGCUAAAAAAGGGAAUACAGUGCUUUUUACCAAUGUGUUGGACCCUGUUCAAAGAGGAGACGAUGAACACCUGGGUGCUGUUUGUGGUGAGAGCAGAGUGAUGGAGUGAAGUGUCCAGGCUUCAUUGUGCGCCGUUUUCCCUCCUCCUCUCGCCAUAAAACACCCCUUCUGCUCUCUACAGCUCGACCGAAGGCCCAGACACCCACGUCAUUCUGUUCCCUUUUUGUAUUUUUUACAGCUGUGGAAAUUUUAAGUGUUGUCACAUCGUCAGUAAUUGGCACUUUGAAGAGCUCGACUAAAUAAGUGGAGAGAAGAGGAAGAGGAGGAGGCGGGGAAGCUGAACCACUCCAUCACCAUCAUCAUCAUCACGCUGCUCCUCUCUGUGUUUACCUGCUGUAUGCUGUGGUCAGCAUCACGCACACACACACACAUGCACACACACGCACACACAGACACACACACACACACACGACAGGCUGUACGAAGACGAGCCAACCUUUCUCCUCCUCCACAGCAGAUCAUCACUCCUGACAUGGUCUGUCAUCGUAUUUAUCUCUCCGGCGGGAGGAAAUGAGCGUUUUAGUGCAAUUGUUUUUCAGGACCACACUACAUUCCAGUUUUCCUUAGACAUGGUUUUAAUAUACUUAUGGGUAUAGAUGAAUAUAAUUAUAUACAGUAUCUAUGUUUGUUAAUGUUUACAGACGGAUUCUCUCACUUCAUCUCAGUGAGUAGUGUAUUAUGUUUGUUUGUUUAGGUGUUAAAGCAUUACGCAGACCUCCUUGUGAAAAUAGUCCUAUUAAGGUGAAAUAUAAUGGUAUAUAGUGUAAUGGUAUGACAUUACAGAAGUACUUGUGAUUUUCAUAUUGCCAGUCUCACUCGCCAUUGUGUACAUAAUUGGCUCAUAAUAUUGUAAAGUACUUAAAGAUCAGGAGGGGCGUGGCCUCCCCUCUUUGGACGCUCCUGAAGAAGGAAAACGCUUUUUUAAACAAGAAACAGAUCCUUUUUUUAUUUUCAUCCUACUGUAAACUUCUUUUCUCACAUUUCCUCCGAGCAGAUUUUUUGUUCUUUGUAUUUUAGACGAGAAGCUCAAUUGUGAUCACUGGUGCUGUCUUUGAGUUUAGUUUUUUCAGCCUUAAUUUCGGUUCAGUUCUGUCUGUAGGAACUGCUGCCCACAUGCAGUCCAUUUUCACUUUUGUCGUGUACUGUGACCGCUUUGAUGCUUUUUUUUUUGUAAUCCAUUUUUUGUUUUGCCAAACUUUUCUGAAAAGCACUUUUACACAGCUUGUCGCUACACGUUAGCUAGGUCAUACAUUUACACAAAUGUAUAGGAAAAGAACAUAAGACAAGUGUUUCAAAAUGGAUACCUCUUCUUCUUGUAGUAACGUCGGAAUUUAAACUGUGUCGUAACUUUUUUCCUCAAGUUCAGAAACUCUGCUGGCCGUGGUUGGUUGGUUGGUUGUUGUUGUUUUUUUUGAGGAAAGUGGCCUAAAUGCUGGGGUGUUUUUAUUUUUGUUUUUUAUUUUUGAGGGCACAAGUAGGAUAGACUGCCAGCCCUGCUUAACACAAACAACUCCAGGAAAAGGAGCCUCUUCGUUUUCCACCUGAAGAACCUGCUAAAGGCUGGGCUUUUCUAUAAAGACGUAAUGGUUUAACAACAGUCCAGUUCAGUAUAAUGUAUAAAUACAAACUUCUGUACAGUGUUUUUAAAUCUCUCAUCUGUCAAAUCCAAAUUUUUUCUAUUUAUUACACCACAUUUUAUACCAAUUUCUUUUUCAAACACCAGUGCAGUAAUUUGUCUCCCUCUCCACCAUGGUGUAAGUGAAAUAGACUUUAAAGAAAAAAACAUGGGGAGUUUUACAUGAUAUAUAUAUCUGUAUCUAGUCAUUGCAUAAGUUUUCGUUUUUGUACAUUUGGUGUGAUGAUUCCACAUUUGGUGACAGCCGCUGCUCUUCGCCCUGUAUCGUGACUCACUGUAAUUGGUGUUAAAAGCAGUGUGAAGCAGUGAAAUAUAGGAAUGUAAAGUUUCAGUUUCAGAGCAGUUAUAGUGCUUUUUUUUUUAACUCUGGACUCAAGUAAUCAUCACAGGAGGACAUUUAUCUGUUAUUCAUGCCUCAGCCUUUUGCUUGUAAAUCUACCCCAGUCAAAUUACUGUUUGUUUGUGUUUCUGCCCUGAUUUUCUUUAAGCCAUCCAUAGUGGUGUGUUCAAAGUCAAGCCACAGACUGACAGUGCCAAUGUUUCCAAAUGAUUUCAGCUCAUUUAGGGUCUUUUUAAACACGUAGACUAGAUACACUUCGCUGCCAGUUUAUCUCAUACACCCAACUAACAUUCAUAACAUCUGAGCGGACAGUUCAUAUUUAUAUCUUACCUUCAAGAGGGUUAUAAUGUUCAGAUUUGUCCUUACAGUAGUGUUACUUGAACUGUGUGACCAUUAUUUGUUGAUGUAGAAUUGGGUGCUGUUGAUUCGUACAGUGUUAUUUUGACAAAGUAUUCGUGGAUUUGUUCACCCCCUUUAUAUUAAUGAGGAUGGGCUGAACCUCUCCAUCUACAAAUCUGCAUCCUUCAGAACUCCUCUUAAGAACAUUUUUAGUAAAAACUGAACCUUACAACCUUUAUGAAUGUAGAAUUUUUGGCCGGACUAUUGUAUGGGGCAGUAUUACUUUCUGUUUUUGGCUGUAUAUAAACUGGCAGCUUGACCCUUUAUUUAAUGGACUCUCUUCUGGAAAGACUAAACUUCUGCCACAUUUGCCAAACUUUUCAUAUUUAGAGAUGCAUUUUUGCUUAGUCAAUCAAAGGACGAGGGCCACUUAAGUACUUGUUCAGUACCAGGGUAGGUGCAUCUUAAAGGCACUUUUACUUACUUAUAUGUCACUUAUCAUACUCAAAAGGUCUGCGUGUCCAAACUUGAAUUUCUUUUUUUUUAUUUAUUCAUUUUGUUUGUUUUGACAAAUGUUACAUACAUGUCUUACUAUAAGACUGCAGGCGUCCUUGAAUCGUGUUUGUGGCUUCAGAAAAAAUGUCAGACUGAUCCUUUUUUUUUUUAACUUAGGAACUCCUCUUAAAGCCUUUCUCUUUUUUUCACUCUGAGGUGACUGAAACGCAUGCUUCCAACAUCAGACACUGGUUAUUUCCGUUUCUGUGCUCUGUUGGAGAGUCUUAAACUGCCUGAUAGAAUGCAGAUGUUUUGUUUUUGUUGUGUUCCUUGUACCAUGAUGCACAGAAAUUGUGCAUAGAAAGCCUUGAUGUUCUUUUUUUGCAACUGCAGAUCACCUGGUCAUGCAUCACUUUGUGCCAGUCCUCUUCUGCCCUCGUCAGCAGCAGUAUUACAUAUGCCUCAUUGAAGUGUCCCAGCGUGCAUCAUUUCCGUCACCUAAAAAAAAACAGACGUGUAAAUUUUGUUAGUUUGUCGUCAUUGUAGUGCCCACAUUUGUUUACUUUGAGAGACAGCAUGUUUGUUCUCAUUUAAGUGACCAUUAAUACACCUGAGGAGGUUUUUUCUAAGUGUCCAGGAAUUUUCUUAUUAUUAUUAAUAUGUUUUGUAUACACUUAAACUUAGGACGGACCACCACCUCCCCUUGUUUGUAGAAGAGUAUAUUUUAUUUUCACUGUGACGUCUUUUGGUUUUUGUGCAAUGUUGCAGACUGUCAUUACGUUUUCAGAUUGACAUGCUGUCAAAGGAGAAAUAGUGUUGAAAUAAAUAAUGAAAAUCACCUCCGUGAGCACUCAUCAUCUCUUUUUUACUCGUAGUAAACUUACUUAUAGUAACUCGAACUGGGGUCAUAUCUAUCUCUCUUGGUGUUGCUUCAAUGAAAAAGUGGAUGAACACAAAAUACCAUGUUAAUUACUGUUCAACCUGUGUUUCUGCAUACGGCAUAUUGUUAAAAAACCUGUAAAUAGUUUGCAUCGAACUUGCAUAGGAUCAUGUUACUGUGGCGUGCUCUUUUUUGCCUGUACAAUUCUGCUUCUAAAUGUGUGUGACUGUUGAGACGACACUCUUUUUGUACAUGACUGUCUUUUUAUUUGAGAAUAUUGAUUCUGUCCUUUUUUCAUUCUAAAGUUGAGUUUGAAGAGUUCAGACAUGCCUGAAGUUUGACUUUAAUAAAGCUGUACUCUGUCUCAGUGAAA